GGAGAGUGAAGGGGGAGAGUGAAGGGGGAGAGAGUGAAGGGAGAGGCAGAGAGUGGAGGGAGAGUGGAGGGGAGAGAGACAAGGGAGAGAGACACACUGCACGGAGCCGCGCCCGGAUCAAUUGCCUCCUCGGUUGACAGGAUGGCUACUCGCAGGACGGUGCCGGGCCGAGGCCAGGAUGUGGACGCGGAGUCGAUGCUCAGCGGACUCUCGGCGGACGAGCUCAAGCAGCUAGCGGAGGAUCUGCAGGACAUGGACCCGGACAACGCGCUGCUCCCCGCCGCGUUCCGACAGAAGGACCAGACAACAAAGGCACCGGCGGCGCCGUUCAACCGCGAGGAGCUCCUGCGCUUCCUGGAGACGCAAGCGCGGGAGCACCGUGACCGCGAGGACCUCGUGCCCUUCACCGGCGAGAAGAAGGGUAAGGAGUUUGUCCCGAAGGUGAAACCAAUGCCGGUGGAGGAGAAAAUGGCACUGGACCCCGAGCUGGAGGAGGCUCUGUCCGGAGCUACGGACGUGGAGCUGUGCGACAUCGCUGCCAUCCUGGGCAUGCACACCCUGGUGAGCACCCCGCAGUACUACAGCGCCCACAAGGGGACGAGCCACGCGGACGGCAUCGGCAGUGUGGUGCGUGCCGAGCCCAUGCGCCCCAUGCCCGAAGAGCCCCCCAACCCCACGGACGUGGAGGCGACGCUGCAGCGUAUCCGUGACAACGACCCCCGCCUCCAGGAGGUCAACCUCAACAACAUCAAGAGCAUCCCGAUCCCAACGCUGAAGGAUUACGCGGAGGCGCUGAAGAGGAACACCCAUGUCGCGUCGUUCAGCCUCGCGGCCACACGCAGCAACGACCCCGUCGCCCUGGCACUGGCGGACAUGCUACGGGAAAACCGCGCGCUGCGCAGCCUCAACGUGGAGACCAACUUCAUCACAGGCAGCGGCAUCCUGGCCAUGGUGGAGGCGAUGCACGAAAACGACUCGCUCAGCGAGCUCAAGAUCGACAAUCAGAGGCAGCAGCUGGGGAACCACGUAGAGAUGGAAUUGGCUCGCCUGGUGGAGGAGAAGCCGACGCUGCUGAAGCUGGGAUACCACUUCCUGCAGCAGGGGCCCCGCACGCGGGCAGCAGACGCAAUCACCCGCAACAACGACCUGAUUCGACAGAAGAGGCUGGAGGGGUGAGACACGGCCAUCCACGGAGAGGACAGCUGGGCCACGGCCACCCUGGGCCAACACCGCCAGCCCAGGUCCCAUCUCCUCCAGGUCCACUGUCCUGGCCCCCCUCCCCAGCUGCGAUCCCCUCGCCCGCCCUCCCGCCAGCACCACCACCACCCCACCCGCCGCCACCCUCCCCCUUGGUGCCACCCGCACUGGAGUCGGCACCGUCGAGGUCACGUGACCUCGUGACCCCAGCCUCGCCUGGACGGGGACCAAUUGACGCGAUGACGAUUGGGACGUGACAGCUCUCCUUCCGCCCCCCACCAGCUUCCACCACCCAUGGCCCCCCCUCCCCCGGCCUCCCGUGAUUGAUCAAUCUUCCACGACAUUCGAAGUGAUAACAAUUCGGCCGAAAUUACAACCAUUACCAUCGUGAUGCGAUGGUUAAAUCUUUCAUCGUAACCAUCAUCGUCAUCACCGUCAUCAUCGUCAUCAUCAUUGGUUUACAACUCGAACAUUCCUGACCAGCCAUCAAACCUGGGGACAAUUCCACGGAUGUCCUCACUUCGGUCCAAUCCAACCGUGCUCCAGGUUUUCCAGAUAGAAAUCCGUGGCAGCUCUCUACCCCGGCUAUGUUUCCGUUACAUUCCCACGUACAAUUCCCGCGGCGGUUCGAAAUCCGAGGAAGCUCCAAUUUUUCGCUCCAAGAAAUCGUGAUCCCUUUUUUUCCCGACCUUCGGAGCCUAAAAAAGGUGCUUCCGUGGAUUUCCCACGAUUAUCCUCGCCGGAUGGGAGCAGCACCUUGUUGCACGCGUCGGGGCCUGCGCCAGGCUUCUCCACGUGGUGUAACCGUCGCCGUUGUCGCCAUCGUCAUCGUUUUGAUAUUUUGUUGCCGAUGAGGCCGGCGGUUGCAUGUUUUGUAUCGUUUUGCUAGGGGUCAUCUUAAUCGCGUUUUUCAUUCUCGGGGUGGGUUUUUGUCUUUUUGUGUUUACGUGAGAGUUCCGCCGUCCUCUGCCAUACAUCGCCGCGUCGCGCUGCAAACGACGUGCGGACGUCGUCGUCGCCGCCGCCGCCAUAUUAACGAGGUCGGGGUCGAGUAACUGAAGGGUCGCCACUCCGUCCUGGUGUUCCCCCGGAUCGCGUCGUCGCUCGUGGACAGGAAGAGAGGCGGCCGCUGCAGAGCUGGCAAAGAAAUCUGUCGGUCUUCCCUCGUAACAUCAACGCUCGCGGUUAUUGUCCCCUGUGUAGGAAUAUUGACAGUAAUGCGACACCACUCGAGGCAAUCCUACCUACAAGUACCAUAUUCUCCAGAGGCCGACAAAGACAAAGGUCCGCCGUACAGCUUUAAGCAAACUUUUGGGGAAAGUACCGUUAGCGGGCACUUGUUGAAGGCCGGCACGAGGUGGGUGGAGGUUGCCAGCGCUGUGCCCGACCGCCUUUGUCUCCCCAGUGUUGAUGUUCCAUACACUGCACCAGCUACUCAUUUGAGGCCGAGUCGACCUAGGGGAGGCCUCCGUCAUCGUCAUUGGGUCAUGUGAGCGGUAAUUGGAAUUGGGGGGGGUAGGGGUCUCCCAGGUUUUAAGCGCCGCAGUGGCAAGCUGCUAACCGCUGUGCCACCGCUCACUGCGCGUCCAAAUCUGGCCACGCACACCGCUCUCGCAGAUUAAGUCGCGCCCCCAAGUUUGGCUUUCAAAUGCCGGAGGGAUGUCGUGCGUCGUGUGACCCCGGAGAGUACGACAGCUCCUCUUCCUCUGCUAUCGCCAGCGAGAUCCUCCUGCUCCUCCAGCGCCCGAUUAUUGUGCGCGUGCGUGUGUGCGUGCGUGUGCGUGCGUGCGGGUGCGUGUGUGUGUGUGUGCGUGUGCGUGCGCGUGUGUUUGCGCGUGCGUGUGUGCGCGUGAGUGUGUGCGUGCGUGUGUGUGCGUGUGUGCGUGUGUGUGCGCGUGUGUGCGCGUGUGUGCGCGUGUGUGCGCGUGUGCGCGUGUGUGUGCGUGUGUGCGUGUGUGUGUGCGAUCUCGGUGGCUUGACAAGGCGAGCCCAGAGGACCUCGUGGCCUCGACCUCGUCCGUCCCCGACAACGAUGUAGGCGGCCGGCACCCCCCCGCCCCCCGCCUGUUUUGAGCGCGAGAGAGAGAAGUGGAGAAUUCAGCAGAGUUAGGCGAGUUCUCAGGGCAAGCUAGGAGACGCAAGUGUCCAUGCAUUGAAGCGCAGGUGGGUAGAGGUGGGGGGGGGCUCGUGACAACGCCCCCCCCGCCCCCCCCCCCCACCCCGCGUGUAACCGCCAACUUGACGUGCGUGGGACCCCCGAGCGAGGGGGUCCCCUUGGUGUGAUUCACCCCCCCCCCCCCCCCACUUAUGCUGGGCCUCCUCUGGGUAUUUUAGGUCCCCCUAAAAGGUAGGCGGGUUCCCAGGUAUGACCGUUGGGUGUCGAGGGCUCCCCCCCCUCCCCAUAGAUAAGACCCCACCCCCGUGGAAGUGAAGCCAGCCCCCCCUAGAUUAUAGCCCCUAGGUGUGGGUCCCCCCCCCCCGUCCCAUUUUUUUAAACAGCCCAAGGUGUGACGCCCCCCCCACUCCGCGCUCCCAAUAUUCGUGUGUGGGUCUACCCAUACUUCACCGCAGGUGUUGGGGAGCAGCCUCCCCCCCCCCCCCCCCCCCCCCCCCACGUUUGUGGGGGGAGGGGUGCAAUGAAUCGUGGCUCUUUAUUUUUGCUUUGGGGAAGUUCACGGCUACAGCAAGAAUCCGGGUGACGUCACACUAACGCAUUCCGGUGACGUCACCACACAUUCUGGUGACGUCACCAAACAUUCCUGAGCUAUGCACCCCCCCUCUCAAUCCCCCCCGCCCCCCUCCACGGGGGAGGGGCGGGGUAGGAACUCGACCCCCCGCCCGCCCCAAUUCGCCAUCUGACGAAUUGUGGGGCGGGUUUUAUUUUUUGGCCAUACUUCACCACGCUGGUCAAUGCGGGUUGGGGGGUUUGCGUGGGAGCAUAGAAGUACAGCGCUACCUGCCCUGUGUUGUCCACCAUAUCGCCACCCCGCCCGUUACAUCGACCCCUGAUAUACGGUGUCCCCCCCCCCCUGGCAUGGGAGUCUGGACGACUGAAAGUGGUCCUUCACGCGACUCUCAAUACACAAGCCUCUCUCUCAUUCGUUCAUUGCAGUCUCAUUCGUGAAGUCGUGCGUGAGCCACCUGUGCUACAACAAACAAAUAAAGUAUCGGUCAUCGUGA